AUGGAACAAUUACAGGACUUUCUGGAGAUGAACAAGAGUUCUGUGAUGACAUUUAUCUUCACAGGGCUCACAGAGAAAACUGAACUCAACAUUCUGCUAUUUAUUAUAUUUCUGCACAUUUAUGUUACCACUGUGGUUGGCAAUGUUGGCAUCAUUGUUUUAAGCAUAACGGACAAACACUUACGCAAGCCCAUGUACUUGUUUCUGCGUAAUCUAUCUUUUGUGGACAUCGUGUAUUCUUCAGCAGUCACCCCUAAAAUGUUGAGGGACUUUUUAAGUGAAACCAAGGCCAUCUCUUUUUUUGGCUGUGUUGUUCAGAUGUUUGUCUUUGUGUUCUCUGCAACCAGUGAACUUCUUCUUCUGGGAAUCAUGGCCUAUGAUCGAUAUGUGGCCAUCUGCAGUCCGUUGUUGUACGAAGCUCUCAUGAGCAGCAUGCUGUGUCUCUGGAUGUUGGUUGCUGCUUAUUGUGGAGGUUUCGCAAAUGCUCUGGUGCAAACAGUUUCUGCAUUCUGUCUCAGCUUCUGCAGAUCCAACAUUAUUGAUCAUUUCUUCUGUGACCUUCCACCACUCUUCAAGCUGUCCUGUUCUGAUAUAUCCAUGAACAUAGCAUUUCAGAUGAUUUUAGGUGGCCUGAUCUCAACCAGCAGCAUCAUACUUAUCCUUUUCUCAUAUACCAACAUUGUCCUGGCCAUUUUGAAGAUACAGUCAGUCAAGGGUAGAUACAAGGCUUUCAAAACAUGUGCUUCUCAUAUGACUGCUGUCAGUGUCUUUUAUGGGACUAUCUUCUUUAUGUAUCUCCGUCCAUCCUCUAGCUAUGCCCCCCAGAAAGACCGUGUAGCUUCAGUUUUCUACACUAUACUAAUACCAAUGUUAAAUCCCCUGAUAUAUAGCCUUAGGAAUACGGAGGUUAAACAUGCUUUGAAGAAUUUAAAAACCGAAUCCUGGUUCUAG